AUGUUCCCGACGCUCGCUCGACUCUCCAAGGCGUCCCGCAGGCCCCUGACCCCGAAGAGAGGGAACAAGGACUUUUACAAGGGGACGAGGCAGGCCUUCCUCCCUGGUGGCCACCGGACAGGCGCGCCCGGUAAACAUGUGGUAGGAGGCAAGGCCAAGUAUCGUCUCUUGGACGAGCAGGUCCGUGUCUUCGUGGCCCCUGCGAUCGAGGACAUUCGCAGUUCACCCCUUCGACCUUACGUGAACAUUGCCGUCAAACUUACAGACGGGCAGAAGAAAGAAGUGUACUCGUCGUUACUGUCCAACAGCAGCCCAGCCACACCAUCACAUACGUAG